GUCGGAAAGCGCUUGGGUGUGGCUGCUGACGCACUCCCAUGAGCGGGCUGUGCAGAAGGUGCAGAGCUACUUCUUUCGUGUCAUGGCGCUCUCUGUGGACCAACAUCCGUGCAUGAAGGCCGUGGUCCGUGAUGCCGUGCUGGGCGGGAUCGAAACCUGGAAGCAGAUGCAAGUCGACCUACUGGCCUUGCAGUGGCACGGCUUAGCCUUUGGCUUCUAUGCUGACCCUGAGGGCAUGGACAGCGCAGGCACGGCUGAGGAGAGUUUCAUCGCUGGGACCUACUGGUUGACCAAGUUGCAAGACUGGACGCAGAACUACACCGGGGAGGUGUAUCAAGCGAUGGUGACCCUAGAAGGGCAAGAAGAGUUCAGUUCAACUGCAGGGCCGAUACGGCUGCAUCACCAGGAUGAACAUGGCUCCUUCGUCACCUACGAGUUUCUCCGCCGCAAGGUCUUCAAGCAAUGGGCCAUUGACAAAGGUUUGCUGCGUGGGUUGCUGCGGCAUGUCUGGCAGCCGAGCCUGGACGAGCCCAUGGCCAUUGGCGACUUCGGAGCUGGAGGUGGCCACUACAGCAAGUGGCUCAACGAGACCGGCUUGGUCGAGGCUUUCGCCUUCGACGGCACGCAUCAGGCCGCUGAACUCACCGACGGCCUGGUGCAGGAGGUGAACUUGGUGCAGGAGCUGACGCUGUUUUGA